UCCCUGUCAACUGGUAACCGCGGGGCACUUGGCUGGGCAGUCCCAGUCCUCUGGAUUUCUCCUUUGGAUCAAACCCACCCUGGAUGGUGCUGACUGGGAGUGGGAAGAGGUUCCAGGCUCUGGGGCUGUCCUUGGGAGCUGUGUUUAGGGGUGAUAAAUCCCGCUCACCAUCUGAUGUGCUGUGCCGGACGUUUUCAAAGCUAAAAACCGCACCCAUGGAGCACAUUCAGGGAGCUUGGAAGACCAUCAGCAAUGGCUUUGGACUCAAGGAUUCUGUGUUUGAUGGCCCCAAUUGUAUUUCCCCCACCAUAGUGCAGCAGUUUGGUUACCAGCGCCGAGCCUCUGACGACGGCAAAAUAUCCGACACCUCCAAAACCAGCAACACCAUCCGCGUGUUCCUGCCCAACAAGCAGCGCACCGUGGUGAAUGUGCGAAAUGGGAUGACCCUGCACGACUGUCUGAUGAAGGCACUGAAAGUGAGAGGCCUGCAGCCAGAAUGCUGUGCAGUGUUUCGACUUCCUGAGACAAAAGGCAAAAAGGUGCGUUUGGAUUGGAACACGGACGCUGCCUCCUUGAUUGGAGAGGAGCUGCAGGUGGACUUCCUUGAUCAUGUGCCACUCACUACUCACAACUUUGCUCGGAAGACCUUCCUGAAGUUGGCCUUCUGUGACAUCUGCCAGAAGUUCCUGCUCAACGGCUUCCGCUGUCAGACCUGCGGCUACAAAUUCCACGAGCACUGCAGCACUAAGGUCCCAACCAUGUGUGUGGACUGGAGCAACAUCAGGCAGCUCUUAUUGUUCCCAAAUUCAAAUAUCAGUGACAGUGGUGUCCCUGCACUACCUCCCUUGACAAUGAGACGGAUGCGGGAGUCUGUCUCCCGGCUACCUGUUAGUUCCCAGCACAGGUAUUCUACACCUCAUGCCUUCACAUUCAACACCUCCCACCCUUCCUCUGAGGGCUCUCUGUCCCAAAGGCAGCGCUCCACCUCCACACCAAAUGUCCACAUGGUCAGCACUACAAUGCCUGUAGACAGCAGGAUAAUUGAGAAUAACAGCCUGAAUGCUUCUCCCAGCUCCUGGUGCAGACGGUUUUGUUUGAGGGGAAGAGAUGCAAUUCGAAGCCAUAGUGAAUCAGCCUCACCCUCUGCUCUGUCUGGAAGUCCUAACAAUAUGAGCCCAACUGGCUGGUCCCAGCCUAAAACCCCGGUCCCAGCCCAAAGAGAGAGAGCUGCUGGAUCUAAUACACAGGAAAAGAACAAAAUUAGGCCUCGUGGACAGAGAGAUUCCAGUUAUUACUGGGAAAUAGAAGCCAGUGAAGUGAUGCUUUCCACCAGGAUAGGCUCAGGUUCCUUUGGGACAGUUUACAAAGGCAAAUGGCACGGGGAUGUAGCAGUGAAGAUACUAAAGGUUGUAGACCCAACCCCAGAGCAGUUCCAGGCUUUCAGAAAUGAAGUGGCUGUGCUGAGGAAGACCCGGCACGUGAACAUCCUGCUCUUCAUGGGCUACAUGACCAAGGACAACCUGGCCAUCGUGACGCAGUGGUGCGAGGGCAGCAGUCUGUACAAACACCUGCACGUCCAGGAGACCAAGUUCCAGAUGUUCCAGCUCAUCGACAUCGCCCGCCAGACGGCGCAGGGCAUGGACUAUUUACAUGCAAAGAACAUCAUCCACAGAGACAUGAAAUCCAACAAUAUAUUUCUCCAUGAAGGCCUGACAGUGAAGAUUGGGGACUUCGGGCUGGCGACGGUGAAGUCGCGCUGGAGCGGAUCCCAGCAGGUGGAGCAGCCCACGGGCUCCAUCCUGUGGAUGGCCCCCGAGGUGAUCCGGAUGCAGGACAGCAACCCCUUCAGCUUCCAGUCAGACGUCUACUCCUAUGGAAUAGUGUUAUACGAGCUGAUGACAGGAGAGCUGCCCUACUCCCACAUCAACAACCGAGAUCAGAUCAUUUUCAUGGUUGGCCGAGGUUAUGCUUCCCCAGACCUCAGUAAACUGUACAAGAACUGCCCCAAAGCAAUGAAGAGGCUCGUAGCAGAUUGCUUGAAGAAGGUUAGGGAAGAACGACCUCUGUUCCCACAGAUCCUGUCAUCCAUCGAGCUGCUGCAGCACUCCCUGCCCAAGAUCAACCGCAGCGCGUCGGAGCCGUCGCUGCACCGCGCGGCGCACACGGAGGACAUCAACGCCUGCACCCUCACCUCCUCCAAGCUGCCCGUCUUCUAGGCCUGCCCCGCCCGGGGACGGGCACAGGACAGUGUGCUCUCCGUGCCUCGG